CAUUGGAUGUAAAAUAACGAGCUUCCAGGAAAUGUGAUGAGUCACACGGAGGUGACGGAACGAGUUCGAAUUCAGGUACACAGAUGCCGUUUUCUUAUUUCUUCAGUUUCUUAGUGUUUUAACCCCCGUAGCAGAAGAGACUGAUAGGGUGACUUUAGUAUCUUGCCAUGAACGGCCGCCCGUUUUUCAGCUACGAAGGAUGGACACGGCUUCUUUUGAUCAGAAGAGCAGUGUACCGGAUGAAGACCAUGUUGUUAGAAGCGGAAUGAAUAUUUACAUACGACGAAUUUUUGAUACAUGCUGGCUAGCAAAAGGCGUUUGCAGGGAAAAAUGUGAAGAAAAUGAAUUUUAUAACAUUCUUUGUGGUACUCAGUCCCUGUGCUGUAUCAGAAAAAAGGACAUGCCCACGCUGUUCGUGAAGUAAUUGUCACAUUCGGUUUUAGUAGAUCCACGUGUGGUUGCGGACCCAGAAACCUCGCCUCUGUCUCUCAAAUUGAUUGUACUGAUUUCCGUUCUCACCUAUGUUGUUACUGCUUCUGGAUCCCAGCUAGACGCCCUCCCUCUAGGGUAUGUAUACUAAUGAUACAUAGUAACUGAACUCACCCAUGAUUAAUAAACUUUUACUCUCUGG